AGUUCUGUUUUUUAUUAGACGAGGAGGGUGUAGACUCUCCCCGAAGGGUGAAAUAUUUUUCCUUGAGCCUCCCUGAGUGACUGGGGAAAAUGGGAAAAUGCAUGACCCUCCCUCCACCAUUAACAGCCCUUUUUGUAGCCAAUAUAUUUUGACCAAAUAGGUGUUGGAGCCAAUAUUUGAAAAUUCAACUAUAAUUUCCGUUUAUACAGUUUCUGGCCAUGAUAAAUGGUGUGAUGUGAGCGAUUUUUAAAGAGAACAUGCCUUUGACACCCACCGACGGGUUUUGGGGUUCAGAUAGCCUAGUAGCCUAUUUAAAUCAGCAGCUGGGUGCUGUUCGAUUUCACUGUCUUUUGUCUGUGCUGCUCUCUGCUCUGAUUCUCACAGACACAGAUCUAUGUUAUAAGAUUUUUAGUUUUCUAAUUGCACUAAAUAAAGGUUACAGAAAAGUGUGCACACACUCAGGCCAGGUGCAGGAUAGCACAUGCUGUCGAGGUAAAAGCCGAGAAUAUCAGGAAAUUGAAUUAUAGCUCCCAAACAUUUAAUGUAACUCAACAUUCAUGUUAUGAGAAUUGUUGUGUUAACAUGCUAAUGUGUUUAUACCUGCCAGAAAAAUACUGACAUAAUGAUUCUCAACUCCCUCUCCAUGCUUUGUGCUUCUACGUGUCCACAUCUGAAUGUAGCCUAUGUCUGCACAUAUGAAAGCCACAGCAGGAGGUGGAGGAGGAGGAAAAUUGCGGAGUUUAGCCACUUCCGCACCAUGUGAGCUAAGGGGACUGAAGCUUAUUUGCUCCCAGUUGGACCCACAUCCUCCGGGAUACAGCAGCAGCCCGGCUUGGCCGAGCUUUACAUCCGCCAGAGGAAGCGAGAUCAAACGAUAGACAGAGACCAGAGUCCAGGGAAGAGGCAUCAGCAGCUGGGUACACACAGCGGAGUCUGUCAGUGACACAGACAAUCCGAGAGCUCAGACCAGCCGCGAACAUGACUGCAGACGUGGCGGUGUCUCUGUCGAUGCUUGUGGGGAUCGUCGCGAUGAGCGAUGCGACCCGCAGGUUGUUGAGCAGGGCCCUUGCGGAUACUGGGCUUGCUGUGUACGCCAUGGAGCUCGUGUCCACCUUCCAGCUGUGCUGCUGCACGCACGAGCUAAAGCUACUGUCUGAGGUGGGCGGGAUCGAGCCUCAGCUCGCGCUCACCUUGACGUACCUGGCGGCCGUUGUCCACGGGUUCACCUUCAACGGGGCCACUGGGAACCCCUCCGGUGCGCUCGAGCACGCCUACCAUGCGAGGUUUUCAGGCGGAUGCGCCCUGCUGCGGAUUGCCUGCCAGUUCGCCGCGGCUGCCGCAGCGCGAUUUGCAGUGCCGGUGAUUUGGGGUAUUGGGUUGUCGGGACUGCAUGUGCGGCAUAAGCUGCUCGGUUACCGGUGCAUCAGCCCCAUUCACGCUCCACUGCUCAAGGCCGCUGCCGUGGAGCUCGCGUGCUCUUUUGCAGUUCAGACUGCUAUAACGCACACGCGAUCGGUGGAGGCGAAAUACCGCGUGCACGCGGUGGCUGCGGUUAUUGCAACAGUAGUGUAUGCAGGUGGCAGUUUGACAGGAGCAGUGUUUAACCCUGCAUUGGCCUUCUCCACACAGUUCCCCUGCAGUGGAAACUCCUUCCUGGAGUACUGCCUGGUCUACUGGCUCGGCCCGCUGUUGGGUAUGAUGAGCUCAGUGCUGUUGUUUGAUAAACUCGUCCCUCUGCUGUCAAGGAAAUCACCGUCUCUCCAUCUCCCCCUGGAGACUAAGAAGAGGACAUGAGCAUUGCCGGGCAGCGUUUAUAACCCAGAGUACAUGUGAAGAUGUUGUUACUGACAGACUGUUAACCUGCUGCUGAUUUCAGUCAUCACACGUUAGGAAAAAGUACAGCACUUAUAUGCACUUUUCUAAAGACUUCAAGACCUCAAGAGCACAUCUUAGAAGCUAAACAGAAAACUUAACUCAUUUAGUGUUUUUGUAGGCUAAAUCUCAUAAACAAGGCAUGCAGAAAUUGAUCGGCCAAGUUUUACUUUACAAGGUGGUUGAUCAAACACUAAAACCAAUUGCUAUGCAGUAUACACUCAUCUGAUUUAAACAUUUUAGACAUUUCAACAUUUUUGGGGGGAUCUCUAACCAGAACCAGUAUCACCCCCACAACUGUUCACACAACACAUGGGAAACAUCAAUUUCUGUUACUAAAAUAUUAGUCAGUUUCAGUAGCUAACAAAAGAGUAUGCCUUGUUUUUGCAUGAUCUUAAGGCAGAUUACAGCAUGUCAAUGUCAAGUCCUGCAAACAAGUCUUGUAAUUGCAAUAAUAUACAUUGAUCCAAGGUUUUUUGUUAAAUGUUAUACUUAAGCUAAUUAACUAAUUAUAAACUGAAACAUUUCUAGGCCUGAUGGAAAUUUGAGAAUUGGAUGAUCUUAGCGCAGUGAGCCUUGCCUUUAUUUGUAUUACACUUAUCUGAGAAAAGUUAGUGUUAUUGUACAUAUAUAUGUAAUUCAUGUUUAUAUACAUUCCAGAGCCAAGCACAGUGUAGUAAUGAACUGUACACAGGUCUGUGCCUUUGAAUUCUCUGUAAAAAGUGGAAAGGCAUUUUGAACUGUGAAUUCAGUAUUUUGUUGGACCCCAUUUUGAUAUAAGAUUCAUUAUCUGAUUGAUGGUUUAUUUUAAUUUCUAAAUGGUGCUCAGUAGAGCUUAAACACUUUCUUGAUUAGAUAAUUGACAGAAAAAUGAGAUUCAGCAUCUGAAUCUUCCUCUUCCUGCAACGAGCCAAACAGUGUCGGAGAAACACUGAUUUGUGACGUGAAGAUGCUUUAUUCAGUGUAUUUACUGGUUUUAAUCACCUGGACCGUUUGUUUUGGGGAGGAAGAGACCUCUGAGGAUAAUUCGGAUCACGGUAAAAAAACUCCUGAACAGUGAUCACAGAAGGAAUCCUAACUGGGAUAUCGUGUUUGGCACAUGGGAGAAGUUUCUGCUGAGUGCAAUCUGGAAUCCUCAACCACUAGAUGC